CUCUAAUUGAACACAGUCUACUACAAGGAGCCUCUACAGCUGCAUCAAGUAUUUUUUUACAGGCGUUUUCAUAAAAUCCAAAAUGAAGUCUUUGAUUAUUAUCGUGUCUGUAUUAACUGUUAUGACGAAUGGUUUCAACAUUGAACGUUUGCGAAAAUUUCGACAAAACCUUGCAAAAUGCAACGAAGAAUUUGGCGGGCCGAUAUCUGAACAUAUCGCCGAAAAUGUUUACUGCGCAGCGAAAAGUGAUGGUCAGGUGCUUGAUUCCAAAGGCGAAAUUAUCCAACAAAAAGUGUUGAAAGCAUAUGAAGAGGGUAUCUCCGACACAAAUAGAUUGCAACAGGCAACAACAAAAUUCAAUAAGUGCUACGACGAAGGGCUGCAGAGUGGAAAUACCGGUAAGGAGCAAACGUUGAAAAUAUUCAUGUGCAGUGCGGACACUUUGGAUCUCUUCGACAAAAUAGAUUAAAAACAUAUCGCAAAUUCUCUUCAGGAUGUUAUACAAAAUGUGCUCUUCAUAUUUUUUAUCGAGAGUUUUCAAUGAGUUUUCAACUUUAUGUAUAUUGUUUCUUUAUUGAAUUAUAUUGAGCUAAUUUAAAAUUA